ACGGGACGCGGGGCCCUCGGCUGACAGGGCCCGGCUGGCCGCGCCCACCCGGUCGCCAUGGAGCUGCCCCCAGGGCCGCGCGACGAUCCCCGCGCCUGGGAAGAUGACUCGGACCCGGAGUCGGAGCCCGACCCGGACGCGCAGGCCGAGGCUUACGUGGCCCGCGUACUCAGUCCGCCGAAAGUCGGGCAGGCGCCCCCACGCGCCCCUUUGCUGUCCGCGCCCGUCGCAUCCCCUGGCGCCCUGGAGCUGCGGGCGGCGUCCAAGGGUGCGCCCGUGGGGGUCCCGGGACUGCUGAGCCUUCCUCCGGAGCUGUUGCUUGAGAUCUGCGCCUACCUAGACGCGCGCCUGGUGCUCCAUGUCCUGCCGCGCGUGUGCCACACACUGCGCGACCUCGUGCGUGACCAUGUCACCUGGAGGCUACGCGCGCAGCGCCGCGUACGCGCGCCCUACCCAGUGGUGGAAGAGGAGGACUUCGACUGGCCAACAGCCUGCAUCGAGCUGGAGCAACACCUGUCGCGCUGGGCGGAGGAUGGGCGCUGGGCUGAGUACUUCUGCUUGGCUGAUGGGCACUUUGCUUCCAUUGACUCGGUGCUGCUGCUCCAGGGUGGAGCGCUUUGUCUGUCAGGUUCCCGAGAUCGCAAUGUCAACCUGUGGGACCUGCGGCAGCUGGGGGUGGAGCCCAGCCAGGUUCUAGUCAAGGCCCUGGGCACCGAGAAGAACAGUACCCACAAGGGCUGGGUGUGGUCGCUGGCAGCGCUGGACCACCGCGUGUGCUCUGGUUCCUGGGACAGCACGGUGAAGCUCUGGGACAUGGCCGCUGAUGGGCAGCAGUUCGGCGAGAUAAAGGGCAAGGCGGCUGUGCUGUGCUUGUCCUACCGGCCUGACAUCCUGGUGACUGGCACCUAUGACAAGAAAGUGACCGUCUAUGACCCCAGAGUUGGCCCGGCCCUGCUGAAGAGCCGGCGGCUGCACUCCAGUGCGGUGCUGGCGCUGCUGGCGGACGACCGGCACAUCAUCUCGGGCAGCGAGGACCACACGCUCGUGGUGUUCGACCGCCGGGCCAACAGCGUCCUGCAGCGCCUGCAGCUGGACUCCUACCUGCUCUGCAUGUCCUACCAGGAGCCCCAGCUCUGGGCUGGUGACAACCAGGGCCUGCUGCACGUCUUCGCCAACCACAACGGCCGCUUCCAGCUUGUCCGGUCUUUUGACGUGGGCCACAGGUCUCAGAUCACAGGGAUCAAACACUCGCUGGGGGCCUUGUACACCACGUCCACCGACAAGACCAUCCGGGUGCACGUGCCCACGGAUCCGCCGAAGACCAUCUGCACCCGAAACCACAACAAUGUGCUGAAUGGGAUCUGCGCGGAGGGCAACCUGGUGGUCGCCGCUUCUGGGGGCCUAUCUCUGGAGGUCUGGAGGCUGCAGGCCUGAGCAGGCAGACGCCGAUGUGGAGGGGGAUCUGCCGGCCCACAGGCUGGGCCAUGGCCUCUGUUCUCGGGGGACCUUCCCCGCAUGCUGGUGCUGCCUCUGCCCUGUCCCGAAGCCCUGAGGCACAAGGAGUCCGGGCCAUGGUGAGCUGUGCCCCAUGGGCUGUGCCCCGCACCAGGGAAGGUGAGCGUGGUGUUCAGGCCCACCCAGGGGACUGCUCCCCUCCCUGGAGCCCUGUUUUUGCUAGGAUUUGGAUACCCGCUUUCCCUUGAGAGCAAAGGAGAAAUAAACCUGAUGUAUUGGUGUC